AUGGCGGCGGCGGCGGCGCUGGAACGAUGGGUGUCCGGGGAACUGCAGGAGCUGCUGGGGCUGAGCGGCCGCCACGUCCCGGCUUUCCUGGUGGCUCUGGCCCGGCGGAGCCGCAGCGUGGAGGAGCUGCUGGAGCGGCUGCGGGAAACGGAGGCGCUGAGGGUGGAGGAGCCGCGCGUGCGCGCCUUCGCGCGGGAGCUCUGGGAAAAGGAGGCCCCGGAGGCGGUGCCCGAGGCGGAGCGGCGGCGGCAGUCGGUGCAGGAGGCCCGGCGCAGCCUCCCCAUCUUCCCCUACCGCGACGAGCUGGUGGCAGCCAUCGCCCAGCACCAGAUCCUGGUCAUCGAGGGAGAGACCGGCUCCGGCAAGACCACCCAGAUCCCCCAGUACCUGCACGAGGAGGGCUACACGCGGCAGGGGCUGAAGAUCGGCAUCACGCAACCCCGGCGCGUGGCCGCCAUGAGCGUGGCCGCCAGGGUGGCCGUGGAGAUGGGCACCAAACUGGGCAACGAGGUCGGGUACAGCAUCCGCUUCGAGGACUGCACGUCGGAGAGGACGGUGCUCAAGUACAUGACGGACGGGAUGUUGCUGCGGGAGUUCCUGACGGAGCCCGACCUCGGCUCCUACAG